AUGGACUCCUGGAGGAAAUACAAUGGACCUUUUCCACUCAGUGUUGGGACUAUUGUCUGUUUGAUGACUAAAAUGUGCACAUCGAAGGUUGUUCCAAAGAUCAAACUGGAACCACAUGAGGUGGACCAAUUCCUCAAUCUGGCUCCAAAAGAAGCAGGAGCAGAUAUCCUACAGUUACCGCCAACACCACCAAGCAGCCAUGGCAGUGAUUGUGAGGGCGGGCAAAGUCCAACUCGUUCUGUUCAACCACCAGAUCCUAUCCAGCCACAGCCCACGGGAAAAUGCAUAACCCGUGCACCAUCUGCUUUGUCCAGCUCUCCUCUUCUCACCGCACCACAUAAGCUACAAGGCUCAUCAGGACCUUUGAUACUAACAGAGGAAGAGAAACGGACUCUAAUUGCUGAAGGAUACCCGGUCCCUGUCAAACUACCACUUACAAAAGCAGAAGAGAAGGCACUCAAGAAGAUACGCAGAAAAAUUAAGAACAAGAUCUCUGCCCAAGAAAGCAGAAGGAAGAAAAAAGAAUACAUGGAUACACUGGAAAAGAAGGUGGAAUCUUGUUCAAAUGAAAACAGUGAACUCCGUAGAAAGGUGGAAAAUUUGGAAAAAGCAAACAGGUCCUUGCUUCAGCAGCUACAAGGACUCCAGGUCCUAGUGGCAGGAAAGGUGCCCAGACCUUGCAAGAUGGCCAGCACACAAACCAGCACAUGCUUAAUGAUUGUGGUGUUGUGUUUUGCCAUUGCACUGGGGAGUUUCAGUAACAGAUUUGACCCAUUCUCCACUUCAGUGACAAAAUCAGUGCUCCCUGUCCAGGAUUCUACACAGGAGUCAUAUGCAGCCACUGUUCGCUCAAGGCAUUUAUUAUUUUAUGAAGAACAUCCGGGCUUUGAGGACGAAAUCAGUUCUCUGAUGUCGACAGAUGCCUGGGAAAAAUUAGCAGAGUCUGUUCGGGAGCGAGCACGACUGGCACAGUUUCUCACAGCCAGGGGUUCAGCACAGAAGCAGCAAGCACAGGAAGCAGUCACACACUCACAGGAGCCAACAGAGGAAUAUAUAAUAUCAAAUGAAACAAGAACAGAGAAUUCAGUCCUGAUAGAGCUCCAGUCGCAACGGAGCCUCCCAAGUGUAGGGAUUAAUGGAACCACCGUUGAAAUUGACAGAAGAGUCAACACAACAUCCUAAACAACCAUAAGGUGGUGUUUAUACAAUGAAUGCAGUCCAUUUGUGUCCAAUCCCACUCAGUCUGAUCAUCAACAGCCACCUCCAAAGGAGAUCAGAUAAUUUUGUGUUUUUCCCUGUACUUCUUUAUUACAAACAUGCUUACUGAAUAUUAAUUUAUAUAAAUUAAUAACUAUAUAUAUGUAUUGGGAACUUGAGUUAUAUAACACAAGCCUUCAUUCCUGCAUUGAUUCCUUGUUAAACUGUCAGGCUGACUCUCAUCCAUUUUAAGUGUAUGCAGGAAUGAAUCUCAGUGUGGGCUAAAGUUCCAGGUUUCAGAACCAGCAGAAAGCAUUAACCUGAAUUUCACAUAGUUGGUCAAAAUGUGCUGUUCAAUUCAACCUCAUUUGCUCUACUCAUUCUUUAAAAUGUAGUCAAGCAACUGAGCAGAAUCACUGGCCUUUAGCCCUUUAGCAGAUUCAUACCCAGGGAGGGUGGUUCACCCUCAUUUUCCUCUUCAUAAUCUCAGUCCCUCAGCUGCCUUCCUUUCUCAAAUAUGGAGUAGCAGGAGUAACCUGCUGUCUUCUGUAGCUGACAGUUUUUGAGGAAUUUUCAGUUUUGUUACUAUGUAGAUUUAGUCUCUUAGCUCUUGGGUCAUAGUAAAUAAUUUUUUUAUCAAGUUUUUGCAUUUGUAUUUUAGUAAAGAUACAAAACAAGUCUGCACUGUGUUCAAAUAUAGUUGUUUCCAAUUUUAACCUUUGCUGACAGAUCCAACCAGAAUUUUAUUGUAAAUGUUUACUGUGGCUUUAAUGUUUUGAUGCCAUGUUGGCUGUUCAAAGAUCAGUGUUGCUCCUACUGGGCAAAGAUUGAAGUUUUGUUUCAGCAAAGCAAAAGAAGGUUACUGGCACCCAUAAACAGCCUUUUUGUGAAAGGUUCAGUAUUUUUCAGUUUUUCUCUUGCAUUGGAAGAUGCAAUGCCUAUAGUGUGUAUUCUAUCAUUGACCUGAAGAGUCAGAAUUUGUCACCAAUGAGCUACAUGUGCUGUAAAGUUCUUUGGUGACAUAGUGCUAUUAGAUGGUACUAGUGUUUACACAUUAUUUGAGCAACAUCAAUUGUGUUUUUUUGUGUCUGCAUCACGCCAGAAAUAAACUCUAAAAUGUGCCAGCUAAUAAUUACCAAAAUCAGGUUAACUCUGUUCCUCCUGUUGUGCAAGCCUGCAAUUUUGUUAUUGAGUGAGUCAGUCAAUUUGUUAACAACAAAAUGGUGACGAGAGAUGGAAAAACAGAAUUUGGUGUUGCAGCCUCAAGAAGUCCAAUUAAAGAGACUUGGCCAUAAAAUGGAGUUGCUAUACUGUUAGAAAUACAUUAGGCCAUGGGAGCGGCUGAUAGAUGAAGAGGGUCCAUAAAAUUGAGGAAAUAGGAUGACCAGUACAGAAGCCCAAAAUAUGAUGGCCCUAAGAGGCCCCCAACCCACUUGCUGCUGUACAUAGGCACACACAAAUGUGAGUAUAACGUUAAUGCUAAGAUCGUUAUUGCUGGCACUUGUCAACCUGCAAAUGAUCUCCAAUGACCAAUAUUGACAUAAGUCAAUUAAUCUAUUAGGAGUAGUUUGACGGCAGCAUCAUAGGAUGCACGACUGGCCCAAUACGAUUUUUCUUGUGGGUAUAGUUGCCUGACUUGGAAAUUGAGGGGGUAAACUAACAACAAUAGGAUGACCUAUUGCAAUUGCCCAUCCUCCCUGAUUUGGCCAUAAUUAAUUAUUGUACAUCAUUCCUUAGUUGGUGAGUGCCCACAGAAUGAAUAGGCCUCUCCUCCCCUGACCUGCAUGCUGUUGUAAACCUUGGAAGCAGUAGCCACAGCAAGGAUCUUUGAAGUACAGGGACAUAAGAUCACCAGACAUUGGAAUGGUUCAAGACUCUGGUAUAAAACCAGAACUCUGAGCGACCUCAUUGGCUGUAAAGUGUUCAGUGACGCCUGAUUGUCAUGAUUAGUGACCUGUAAAUGCGAGUCUGUUCAGUCUCUCUAUAGAAGGGAGCUAGAGAUGGAGUGUCCGUUACCCUGUGAUGUAGUUGGCAGGAGAAGUGGGGUACAUAGACAGAAGAAGUUCAAGGACAGCCUUACUGGAGACCAAUUAAAGAGGACCAUUUAGGGCUUCAUUCCACCAAGGCUGACAUUCCACAGGUGGGAUAGGGUGAGGGGUAGCCUAGUAGAAACUGGCAGCCUCCUUGUGUUUGGGAGGACUAGGCCUCCUGAUUGGACCUAAACAAAGCACCUCCCAGCAACAAAGGCCACGUACCCUUGCUUUAAACCACCCCCUUACCCUGACACCCACUCCCCAACCACCCCACAAGCCUUUCCCACUUAAUUAGCUGAUGAACAUAGAAUCAGGCGGGGUGAGCUGAUUUUGGGCAGACAGUGGCGAUGGUCAGAUUUGCCGCCUUCUGUGCUGAACAUCUUUCUAUAUUUUCUAAAUAUCUGAAGGGGAAAAUGCAGGAAUGUUAGGAGAGUAGCUGUACAUGAGUAUCUCCUUAGUUGGGUCAGUACAGCCUUGAUGGGUCAAGCGGCCUUUUUCUGUGCUGCAGUGAAUCUAUGAAUCAAGUUAGGACUCUCAGAUUUUUCAGAUUCUCAGGAUCUACUGUACUUUGUUCUUGUCUCACUUUAAAGUUCCUGUUGGUCUGAUAUGGAAUGAGAGACCACCCUCUGGAAGUCUAGCAAACUUAGUUGUUUCUUAGCAAGAAUUGAGGUUUAAGAAUCAUGAAUAUUUUUUGGGAGGUGCUGCUAGAUUUGAAGACCAUGGAGCUUACCUGCAGAGGAAACUGUUAAUCUUCACUCUCUGAGCUUGUUACGUUGCUGGGAUUUAGGAUUUGCCAAAGUUAAGUUAAUUCCUAGUGAGCACUCUAUUCCAGAUUCCAUUAGUAAGCCAGGCUGGCUAGUUAUUCAGAAGCAUUUUUGAAGUGCUGCAGACCUACUUAGCUGAACUACUGGAUUACCAGAUAUGUUACAGAAGGAUGACUUAGUUUUGACCUUCCAUUAGCAGAUAUUGUCACCUUGGCCAUAUUUGAUUCCAAAUAGAUCCUGUUUAACAGUAGUGCAAGGUUAUUAAAAUGUGUUGGAUGGAAUUUCCAUCAGUGGACUUUGACAUUUUAGUCAUGUACCUGACCAAAAGGUCGGUUGAUUGAGACUGUCAGUAUUUGAUAUUUUAAUAAGGCAGUGCUUGGUUUUAUUUACUGAGUUCCAUAGACAGCUUCAGGAGAUAGUGAAACAUCUAUAUCGGAGCUGGCUCCUAAAGCACCUUACUUGUGCUCUGACAGCGUACAAGAGAAAAACAUAGUCUUGUUUCUAGCUGUAAUUUUUCUUAUUUUCCUGUUUUAUCACUGCUAUGGUCCAUGCUGCUAUGAAAUUUUCGCUUAUUCCUUUUAAGCUGUAACUACAACAUCCAACAAUCCCUUUCCCCACCCUUUAGCCUUGCUGUGUAGAAUUUUUUGGUGCUGAAGUCUCAAUCCUCCUGAUAUCUCAAAUAUGUGGAAACCCUUCCCUUUUUUCCCCUUGUAUGCUAGAGGCUAAUUUUAAAAUAUCCAAUGCCUAUGUGACUUCCUUAUGCCCAUUAAUGUUGUUUACAAUUGGCAGUUUUGUAAAAUAGAACCAAUCAAUUCUCAUUCAAGGAAUUACAUAGUAAAAUAGUUUUGAAUUAAACUCUGUCUGUAGACAGUAUCCAAAAACAGAAGUUAUUUAACAGUUGACCUUUAAAUUUAUGGUGAAAAGUUAAUUCAGACUUUGAAGUAAUUAAUGGUACAAGUUUUAACAAUAAGAUUUUAGAGUAAUGUUUCUUUUUAAAAGUGUAAGGGAAGUUAUAGUUGGAUAAAGGGCUCAUUCAGAUACAUUAUCAGGACAAAGAGAUUGAAGCCAUAGUAUAAUGUAAUUUUCUUAAAUUUUGACAAAUUAUGCAAUUUGUAUUUAAACUGUUAGUAUGUGCAUUUAGAAUUUAAAAGUGUACUACUUCUACAAAAUAUUUUUUAAAAAUUAUUCCAAAUACAAUGAUGAAAUGUUAAAAUAAUGAGGCUUUAAAGCCAUCAUCCAAGGAAGGUAAAAUUUAAGUGAAUACAAGAACCUAAGAAAUCGGAACAGGAAUAGACUAAUACAGUCCAUCGAGCCUGCUUUACCACUUCAUGGUUGAUAUUCGGUCUCAACUCUACUUUCCUAUCCACUCCGCAUAUCCUUUGAUUACUGGAGAAACUGAAAAUCUGCCUGUUCAGUCUUAAAACAUAUUCAACAAUGGAAUAUCCAUAUCCCUAUGAGGUAGAGAAUUCUAAAAAUUCACAACCCUUUUGGUGAAGAAGUCUUUCCUUAUCUCACUCUUAAAGUGAUCAUUGCUUUGUUAUGAAAGUGUGCCCCCAUGUUCGAGGUUCCCCAGCUGGUGGGAACAACUUCUCAGUAUGUAUCCUGUUCAACUAUCACAGAAACCUGAAUAUUUCAAGGAGAUCGCCUUUCAUCUUACCAAGUUCCAGAGCAUUUGAACUCAGUUUACUUAAGACUGACCUGUGUCACAGGGGCUAUCAUCCCAGAGACCAAUCCUGAAGGAUCUUGAAAGGAUAGAUGUGAAGAGGAUGUUUAUUCUAAUGGGAGAAUCUGGCACUAGGAGUAACACAUUUAAAUCUGAAAUUAGGCAAAUCUUUUUUUCUUAUUGGGUCUUUGCAACACUCUGCCCGUAAAGGUAGUGAAAGCAGAGGCCUUUAAUAUGUUUAAGAUAGCGGUAGAUUCUUGUUAAGCAAAGGGAGACGGAUUUCUGUGAUAUGUAGGAAUAUAGAUUUGACAUUAAAAUCACAUUAGCCAUGAUCUUAUUUAAAUGGCAGGUCAGUCUCGAAAGGCUGAACAGCCGACAGCUGCUCCUGAGUCAUAUGUUUGUAAUCUAAUGAUUACUGCCUCCAAAGUAAGUAUAUGUUGAGUGAAAUAUUACUGCUCUUCAGUUCUUAUCUCCUGCCCGCAUCCCCACCUAAGCCUCUAACGAAUUAUUUUAAAAACUAACUAAAAGUGUUGAAAGCAUACAAGCUCUGGUUGCUAUGCUUAGCCGCAUGUUAAAGAUGUUUGCGUAAAUUUGCUGUUUUCAGUACCUCAAUCUUUGAGAACAGUUCUGAAUUUACUCAAAAGAACGACCUCAGAAAACCUUCAGAAACUCGCCUGCAAUGUCUCUGGUCUUGAUAACUUUACCCCCAAAUGCAUUAGCAAGCAAUUUACUUCAGCGUCCAAUAUAUAGAAAAUAAGUACCAGGUAUAUAAUAAUAGAUUAGUCAGCAAAUGAAUGACUGACUUAUUGUAUAAUUCCAUUAUUUUCUGUUUUUUAUUUAUUUCCCAGCAUUUUUAAACACUUUUUUAUCUUUCAGUAAUUAUGCUACACGCUGCAAUCAUGAUUAUAUAAUGCCACUCUUCCUCCCAAGUACCAUUUUGACACAUUUUGCAGUGAAUGAAGGAACUUCUGCCCAAAGCCUGUAAAAUGUUCAAACAUUGUCAUGCCAAAGUACCAAAUUUAUAAGCAAUGUCUUUUUGUUGAAAUAAGAAUGUUAUGAGCAUGCAAAAUCAUUCAAUCCAAAGACAUGAGUGCACUACAUUGUAUAAAAUUACAUUUGAGAGUUAAGAUGAGAAUUAUUGGUUUGUUUACUUUAUUCACCUCAUUAUUUCCAGUAUAGACUGCUGGCCUGUUGUACACCAGAUUGUUGAUCCUCUUUCUGUAUUUUCCAGGUGUCCUGAGGGAAGUAAUACUAAAAGAUUUUCAAUUCUUUGUCAAUACCCUUCAAAGAGUGCAAUAUGAUCAAAAUUGAUUGUACAUAAAUAUUCACGUUAUUUACAUGUAGCAACACUUUGACAUCAGAUAUCUGCCUCCAAAGUUCUCAUUGUCAUUUCCAUUCAUUUUUGUUAUAUGCAAAGAUUUUGUCAACUAUGAUCCUGAUCCAAGUACUAGAUAAUAUUUAAACUGCUGUUCCUCUUUUUAUUUGAAUUAGUCCUUACUAGAUCAAGUUGGACGUCAGACCAGUUGGUAUUUUCAGUAAAGUUCUGAUGAUUUAAAACAUCAAGGCAAUAUUUUGUGGCAGUCUUAAAAGUGGACCAAUAUUGUGUUUUCCCCCACGCUGUCUAACUGGCUGAAGAAGUGUGUAAUUUUAACAGCCUGUUUUUGUAUGUCACAACAUGAUGUAUGUGGAAUGGUUAACUGAAUCCAUCGGCAUUAAUCUUGUCUUUCUGGAGUAGAAAAGUUUAUAUUUUAUUCUAUAUGGAAACAUUUUUCUUUUAUAAUGACUGUCUUUAUACAUAUAAAUUGUAUGUUAUGCUUCUUUCCAUCACAAAUAAAUAUUUUCCUUAGUAAAAUAAA